AUGUUCUCUCGAGACCUCGUCGUCAACGAGGACGGCAUCGCAGUGUCUGCAGAUCAGGCGAGACGGCCAAGGAAGAAGAAAGUGGAAGAGAGCAGUGAAGAGGAGGAAGAGGAGGAAGAAGAGGAAGAGGAGAGCGGGGAAGAGGAAAGUGAAGAGGAAGUUGUCGCUGGAUCGUCUAGCAGUCCAGUGGAACUGUCUCGUGCAGAAAGAAAGGCACAGAAGAAGGCAAAGAAACAGCAAGAGACUGUUGAUGAAGAGGACAAAGAUCUCGUCAAUCCCAACCGCCUUCCAGUAAAGAAUCUCAAGAUAUCCGAUGUCGGUGCUCCAAGAGAGCUUUCUCGGCGCGAGAGGGAGGCAAAGGAGGCUGCAGAAGCAAAGGAGAGGUACUGGAAGCUCCAUCAAGCAGGCAAGACGGACCAAGCAAAGGCUGAUAUGGCCCGUCUGAGAAAGAUUCGAGAGGAGCGAGAGGCGGCGGCAGCUGCACGCAAGGCAGAGGCCGAGGCCGCCAAUGAGCCCAAAGAGCGGUAA